CACUUGAAGACUUCCUUCAACUCUCCCGACAAAUCACGCCGAAAAACUCCUUUGUCCUGGUCCAAGUUCUGAAUCUAAGCCAACAAUGCUAGAGGUUUCAUAUAAAAGGCACACUCUCUCCAACCCAACAUGCGUCUUCACCUGAAGUCCUUUUCGCUCUACUUUCCUUUCUGUAUCUAAUAAUUUAUCGCCAUGUCUCAGCAACAUACCUCAAAAUCCGGUACUUACUUCGCAGCUAACGCACGAAGUACUAUUCCGUGUACCAACGCGUUGAAAUUGACGAGGAGUCCGCCACCGCCGCUACGUUUUGCUCGCCCCACUCAGUAUCAGCACGACCUUGAUUCGCAGCAGAAUGACGGUUGUGGCAAAGAAAACCACCCAUCUGCCUAUCUCAAACAGGUUGAGCCCCCUCGAACUCAGAUGCUUAAGACGGGACCUGCCGUGCUGCAAAACUCGAUAGUGAGCAACGUCCAUCACGAGGACCCUGUUCCAGCCAUUGAAGCAAUGGUUGGCCAUGUCCCAAAACACCCUACACCUCAAGAUUUUGUCUCCGCAUCGUCCGAUGACAAUGCGUGCACGCCGGUCGCACAACGGUUUACUGUACCGGUCCUCAGUUAUCAGAGUACCCUUUCUAAUUCACGACAAGGCUGCUCUGCAUCGAUUUCUGGCGCACAGAAUCCUAAGACAUCUUCAAUUCCGUCUUCCACUCAACCGCAUGUGUAUAGAACCGUUCCACUUGGUGGUAGCAUCGGAUACGCAGCGCGCGCCACUCACACUCAAGCCAGCGCUGACGCCAAUUUGGACCCUCGAAAUUCUACACAUAUUCGUUCAUUUCGUGCCUCCGAGUCUCAACUUUCAACAAGUGUCGUCCGACCAAAUGCUUCUGGGGCUAAUGGGACUUUUCAGGACCACGAUCAAUCGUAUUUGCCUACUGCUUGUCCUCCACCAUCGCCGGAGGUACAGUGCUUUGUGUCUCCCGAGGCCUACAUACCUUUGAUCACUGGAAAUACCGCUUCUUCUACCAUCUCUUACGCGCCUGGUAUGAUACCCACAAAGGGCACCCGAGUGACAAGUGUGGUUCCUCGCUCGCCUCUUUGGCGUCCUUCAUCUUCUACUGCCAGCGAUAUUUCAGGCCGACUUCAGUACUCGUCUCACACCGGGGCACGAGGCGAUGGUCAUUCCAACGGUACUCCAGCUGCUGUCGAAUCAGUUGCUCAAUUUUCGCCCGACGAGGGCAUCACUAAUAACACCCUGACGCCGAAGCCACCUGCUUAUCGUUAUACCUUAUCUACUCAUCCACAUCAUCGUGAAGGUAGCAUAACACCCACUCAGGCUUCUGUCUCUGCUCAGCAGGAGUCAAAGGAACCCUUCCCUCACUCCAUAUCAAAUGGACUACCCCAAGGCUCAUUAGUAUAUGGUCCUCGACGAGGUGACGCCGUUCCACAGACUCUCUCCAAACAUGGUCUUAACCGGAAAAUGGUUUCUCAAGUGUGGUUAUCGAACGAUCAUAGCCACAACAGUUGUAGUCCAAAAGAGUUGACCUCACAUGCGAGUCAUUCCGUUGCUCAUAUACACCCCUCCAAUGAAAGCGAGAGGAUUGGAUCCCGCCCUCGAGGGAGUUCUCUAAAUGAGCACGCUGCUCCAUUUAUACCUGGCCAAGGUCUUCUUUCAACCCCUUUGCCACCUCCUUGCUUGAAAGAAAACGUGUUAGAUUUGAACAGUGGAUUCGAGGCCCCUGACGAGGACUUCGAUAAUGAUCUAGAACAUUUCCUCGACGCUGUCUUGAAUCUGGAAAAUAUAGCGCAAGAGUCAAUACUCCCGGAACCCAUAGCUCAUGAGGAUAUCACAACAUAUUAUCGGUAAGUAUCAGCUAUCCAAACACUUUUGUUUACUUUGAUAUGGACUUCCUGUAAGCGGGCUUGUACGUCAAGAUUUAUUGCCCCUUCUGAAUUCUGCCGACACCUGUCGUUCAGCUGAAGGCUGCAUCAGCUGGCUCGAAUUUCAGGAAAAUAGCCCCGCGGCCCUCGUAUGUCUUUCCAGAUACCUGACGGUGUCUUUAUGCAAGGCGAAUAGCUACUUUCGUGGAUUCGAGUCCAAAC